AUGGCCGCCGAAAAGGAAGUAGAGAAAGUGGGAACAGCUGAGGCUGGGGAUGAUUCGACUUCGAUUGAAGUGGUCAACGCCUCGGGUCACCGUCAGGAAGUCGAACGGAACUUCAGUCUACUGAGCAUUUGUGCCGUUGCUGUUACGACUGGAAAUACAUGGAUUGCUCAAGGUGGCAGUGUGAGGAAGGUCCACGCCGUCGCUAAUCGUGAUUAUAGCAUUGCCGUUUCGGUUUGUUACUGGCUUGUUGCAGCAUCGAUUGCUGAACUGGCAUCUGGAAUGCCUUCUGCGAGUGGAGUCUAUCACUGGGCUUCCAUCACAGCAGGAAAAUAUGGUCGUGUUUGUGGUUUCUUCGCUGGUUUUUGGAACUCCCUUGCCUGGAUUCUCGGUGCUGCCUCCAUGUCCGCUAUCCUAGGGCAGCAGACUGUCUCCAUGUAUGCCCUCAUGCAUCCAGGCUUCGUCCCUCAGGCAUGGCAUAUCUUUGUGAGCUUCAUCAUCUGCACAUGGCUUUGUUGCUGCAUCGUUCUCUUCAUGAACCGGUUUCUCCCGCAUAUCGGUAAUCUUGGGAUGUUCUUCAUCUUGGCCGGUGUGUUGAUCACCAUCAUCGUGUGUGCGGUCAUGCCCCAUGUCAAGGGCACUGGCUAUGCCACAGGCAAAGAUGUCUGGAGCAGUUGGGAGAACGACACCGGAUAUUCUAGUCAGGGCUUUGUCUUUGUUGCCGGUAUGCUCAACGGAGCCUACAGUGUGGGCACCCCCGAUUGCUCGUCGCAUCUUGCGGAGGAAAUUCCUAGGCCAAGCCGUAACAUUCCCAAGGCUGUCCUGGCUCAAAUGGGCGUCGGCUUCAUCACCGGUGUCCUUUACAUGAUUGCCCUGUUCUAUUCGAUCACCGAUCUCAACGCAGUCAUCAACAGCGUCUACGGAUUCCCUCUCGCCGAGAUUUACCGUCAAGCAACAGGAUCUAGGGGUGGUGCAAUCGGUCUGCUUAUCGUGGCUUUCAUACCUACGGUCAUCACUUGCGCUGGUUGUUACAUCACCGCUGGUCGCACUUUGUGGACUAUCUCUCGUGACGGAGCAACUCCUUUCUCUCGCUGGCUCGGACAUAUCAACACACGGAUGCACAACCCUUUCAAUGCCACACUGGUAUGCGGUGGGAUUGUCACGAUUCUUGCUUGCAUCUACGUCGGAUCCACCACUGCCUUUAACGCUUUCGUUGGCUGUUUCGUGCAGCUAUCCAGUCUUUCGUAUUUCGCCGCCAUCUUUCCGCAUGUGCUUACUCGCCGGUCCUCGUUCACACCCGGUCACUUCUGGAUGGGCCGUAUUGGAUAUCUAAUCAAUAUCUUGGCAUGCAUCUACAUUCUCGCCUUUGUUGUGAUCUUCUGUUUCCCUUACGCCUUGCCCACCGAUGCCGCUUCUAUGAACUACGCCAGUCUGAUGACUGGAGGCUUGACGAUCUUCGUGACUGUCUGGUGGCUUUUCCGCAUGAACACCUAUGAGGGACCUAAGUCUAUCCCUAUGACCGAUAAGGUGAUUGUGGCCGACGCGGACUAA